ACUGCCUAACUUGCUAUCAUCAGUGGUUCUCAUCACACCAAACUUGAGAUGAAGAGAAAUAAUCAAAAGAUGAGAGGCUUCGAGAGGAGAGGAGUGAGGCAGUACAACAGAUCGGAAGCCCCUCGCAUGCGAUGGACCGAGGAGCUCCACCGCCGCUUUGUCGAAGCUAUCGAUCGCCUCGGAGGACAGAACCGGGCAACACCAAAGCAUAUUUUACAAUUGAUGGAAGUGAAAGGGCUGAACAUAUCUCAUAUUAAAAGUCAUCUACAGAUGUACAGAAGCGUGAGCAACCGUGCCAACCGUUGCAACUUCCUAUCCACAAAGGAUCUGAACAAGCAAAAGAUGGUACGACAAGGCAAUGCUGAUGCAUAUAAUUCAAGUAAUUGGGAAGAUUCGCAUCUAAACUGCACCUCCAGUGACAUCCACUCAUUUCAAAUACCAUCGUUUGAAGAAUUGAUGAGACAUUGGGCAACAAAGAAUGGAGUUUAUGAUUCAAUAAUUGGCUUCAGACAAACACGAGAUGCAGUGAGCCGGCACAACCAGUUGAUUCAGCUGAGCUAUCCUCAAGAAACGCCGAAGAGAGGCAGAUGGGAGUUUGAUGAGAUGGUUGGCACUCCUCUCCUGCUAGGAUCAUGUCCGAUGUUCGAAACUGGAUGGCGGCAACCGGAAAGAGAAAUGCCCGAGGGAACAAUAGACUGUGAGCUGAAUCUUUCAUCCUUCAACUAUGAGAAGAGGAGGGGUGGGGAAGAAACAAGCGAGAUGGGAUCGAGCAUCGAGUCCGAUACAAGCGAAGAGGUCCUCAUGUCAAAAAACACAAGCCCUGAUUAUGCUACUGCCUGCAGGAUUCCAAUUGAGAAGAGCCACUUGAACUUAGAAUUAACAAUCUCAUCACCCAACUGUUCUGUGUCAUGUUCUGCAAGGAAAGAAUGCAGUUGAUGGAUAGGUGCAGGCCCGGAAUAAGUAAUUGGAUAGAGUGACCCUGGGGGUAAGCGAGUGAAAGUUUUCCUACAGUAAUUGGAUAGGUUGGACAGGGUGAGGAAGCAAAUAUAAGUUCCGAGCAUUUGAGUUAAUCUCAUGACCCAAGUUUGCACAGCUGCAGACCACUUUUGCAAGAAAGACCAAGAUGAAUCGGAACGGAUAUGAGAGAGAGAGAGAGAGAGAGAGAGAGAGAUCUUGUGGGCACUUGUUACGCAGAACUAUUAGUUUAUAUAUUGAAGUGCACGCGUCCAUGUAUGCUUUAUGUAUAUUAUUCCAGCGAUACAUUCCAAUUGGUAUUCCUGCCGGCAAAUUAUUAGAUAUUCUAGCAAUCUGUACUUGAAUGAUAUCGACAUAAAUAAUU